AUGCUGCUGCCCGUGUUCACUCUGAAACUGCGCCACAAAAUCAUCCCUCGCAUGGUAGCCGUCGGGCGGUACGACGGGACCCACCCGUGCCUGGCGGCUGCUACCCAGGCAGACAAGAUUUUUAUUCACAAUCCUCAUACACGGAGCAAGCAUUUCAGUGCAUCUGGAAUAACCCAGAGCCCCCUGGAGUCUGAUGUUUCCCUUCUCAACAUUAACCAGGCGAUCAGCUGCCUCACGGCAGGAGUCCUGAACUCUCAGCUUGGCUACGAUGCUCUUUUAGUGGGGACGCAGACUAAUCUUUUGGCUUAUGAUGUCUACAGAAAUUCAGAUCUGUUUUAUAGAGAGGUCGCUGAUGGGGCAAAUGCAAUGGUAUUGGGAACAUUGGGAGACAUUGCUUCUCCACUUGUGAUUGUUGGUGGAAAUUGUGUCCUGCAAGGUUUUGAUCAUGAAGGAAAUGAUCUCUUCUGGACGGUUACUGGAGAUAAUGUUCAUUCCCUGGCUUUGUGUGACUUUGAUGGGGAUGGGAAGAAGGAGCUUCUUGUUGGAUCUGAAGACUUCGACAUCAGAGUUUUUAAAGAAGAUGAGAUUGUUGCAGAAAUGACAGAAACAGAGAUAAUCACCUCUCUUUGCCCCAUGUACGGCAGUCGAUUUGGUUAUGCUCUUUCUAAUGGUACAGUUGGAGUUUAUGACAAAAUGGCCCGAUACUGGAGAAUUAAAUCCAAAAAUCAUGCCAUGAGUGUUCAUGCUUUUGACCUGAAUUCUGAUGGAGUUCCUGAACUGAUAACUGGUUGGUCCAAUGGGAAGGUUGAUGCUCGAAGUGACCGGACUGGGGAGGUCAUCUUUAAAGACAAUUUUCCUUCUGCAAUUGCUGGAGUGGUUGAGGGCGAUUACCGCAUGGAUGGCCGUGACCAGCUCAUUUGCUGCUCAGUGGACGGAGAAAUCCGAGGCUACCAGCCAGGCCCAGCUGAGAUUUGGGGGAGCCACAUGGACACCAAUAUGGAGCAGGAUCUGAUUCGCGAGCUCAGCCAGAAAAAACAGAAUCUGUUGCUAGAACUCCGUAACUAUGAGGAAAACACCAACGCUGAAUUGAGCAGUCCGUUGAAUGAGGCCGAUGGGCUUCGGGGCAUCAUUCCUGCCAACACCAAGCUGCACACCGCCCUCUCGAUCACUCUGGGUGGCGAAGCUCAAGCUGCUCAUGUCGAAUUAUGCAUUUCUACCUCUAAUGACACCAUCAUCCGAGCAGUCCUCAUUUUCGCAGAGGGCAUUUUUGUAGGUGAAAGCCACGUGGUUCACCCCAGCGUACACAACCUGUCCAGCUCCAUCGCCAUCCCCAUCACACCCCCCAAAGAUGUCCCGGUGGAUCUGCACUUGAAAACCUUUGUGGGUUACAGAAGCAGCAUGCAGUUCCACGUGUUUGAGAUGACGAGGCAGCUUCCCCGGUUUGCCAUGUACGCUCUCAUCAUUCCUGACCCUGACAGCAAGCCGCUCGGGUACGUCAGCUUUGUCAUUGCCGAGCGGGCGCAGAGGGUUGUCAUAUGGCUUAACCAGAACUUUCUGUUACCAGAAGACAAUAACAUAAAGAAUGCUCCAUUUCUAGCGUGCUUCGCCUCCUUGCGCAACGGUGGCCAGCUACAUAUCAGAGUACAGCCGAGCGGAGAGGUCACGGUGCAUACUGACGAUAUAGAUUUGGCUGGGGAUAUAGUCCAGUCAUUGGCAUCAUUUUUAGCUAUCGAAGACCUCCAGGUGGAAGCCGAUUUCCCUGCCUACUUUGAGGAAUUACGAAAGGUGCUGAUUAAGGUGGAUGAAUAUCACUCAGUGCAUCAGAAGCUCAGUGCAGAUAUGUCUGACAACUCUAACUUGAUCCGAAGUUUGCUGGUCCGAGCUGAGGACGCUCGUCUGAUGAGGGACAUGAAAACAAUGGCGAGUCGUUACAUGGAACUCUAUGAUCUCAACAAGGAUUUACUAAAUGGAUAUAAAAUUCGCUGUAACAAUCACACAGAACUGCUGGGAAACCUCAAAGCAGUCAAUCAAGCAAUACAAAGAGCAGGCCGUCUGCGUGUUGGAAAGCCAAAGAACCAGGUGAUCACUGCUUGCCGGGACGCAAUUCGAAGCAACAACAUCAACACUUUGUUUAGAAUAAUGCGAGUGGGGACGGCAUCUUCAUAG